AUGUACAACAAAAUCGCCAAACAGCUGCCCAUCCUCCUCCGCCCGCCCGAGCUGCAGGCCGGCCUCGCCGCGCUGCCGCACUGGCGCCUCGUCGGCGCCAGCCUCCAGCGCGAGCUGCGGCUCGCCGACUUCGAGGCGACGUGGGGCCUCCUGACACAGGUCGCCAUGCGCGCGCACCUCUGGGGCCACCACCCGACCAUCACCACGACGCACACGCGUGCCACGAUCGCGCUGACCACGCACGACGCCGGCGGCGUCACGGACAUCGACCUGCGCAUGGCCCGGCGCAUCGAGCGCCUGCUCGCCCGCUCCGAAUGUAUAUCUUAA